AUGGAGCUCACAGGACAGAUGGGCAGCCCCGCUGCCGCUGCCUGGUGGGAUCCAGGUGCAGCUUUGGGCACAGAAGUGAGGGAUGGAGUUGAGGGCCAGGUGGAGGUCCUGUUCCAAGGCUACUGCACCAUGUGUGAUGACAGAACAGAGUCUGCUUUGGCUGUGAGGCUGGUGAAUGGAGGAGACAGAUGUCAGGGUCGCGUGGAGGUCCUUUACCAGGGUUCCUGGGGCACCGUGUGUGACGACAGCUGGGACACCAAUGAUGCCAACGUGGUGUGCAGGCAGUUGGGCUGUGGCUGGGCCGUGUCUGCCCCUGGAAAUGCCCGGUUUGGACAGGGCUCAGGGCCCAUUGUCCUGGAUGAUGUGGCCUGUACAGGACAUGAGUACUAUCUGUGGAGCUGCUCCCACCGAGGCUGGCUCUCCCAUAACUGUGGACACCAUGAGGACGCUGGAGUCAUCUGCUCAGCUUCUCAAGCAAGCUAUCCCACAUCUGGAACCGAGUCUGCUUUGGCUGUGAGGCUGGUGAAUGGAGGAGACAGGUGUCAGGGUCGCGUGGAGGUCCUUUACCAGGGUUCCUGGGGCACCGUGUGUGACGACAGCUGGGACACCAAUGAUGCCAACGUGGUGUGCAGGCAGUUGGGCUGUGGCUGGGCCAUGUCUGCCCCUGGAAAUGCCUGGUUUGGACAGGGCUCAGGGCCCAUUGUCCUGGAUGAUGUGGCCUGUACAGGACAUGAGUACUAUCUGUGGAGCUGCUCCCACCGAGGCUGGCUCUCCCAUAACUGUGGACACCAUGAGGACGCUGGAGUCAUCUGCUCAGCUUCUCAAGCUAGCUAUCCCACACCUGGAACAGAGUCUGCUUUGGCUGUGAGGCUGGUGAAUGGAGGAGACAGGUGUCAGGGUCGCGUGGAGGUCCUUUACCAGGGUUCCUGGGGCACCGUGUGUGACGACAGCUGGGACACCAAUGAUGCCAACGUGGUGUGCAGGCAGUUGGGCUGUGGCUGGGCCGUGUCUGCCCCUGGAAAUGCCCGGUUUGGACAGGGCUCAGGGCCCAUUGUCCUGGAUGAUGUGGCCUGUACAGGACAUGAGUACUAUCUGUGGAGCUGCUCCCACCGAGGCUGGCUCUCCCAUAACUGUGGACACCAUGAGGACGCUGGAGUCAUCUGCUCAGCUUCUCAAGCUAGCUAUCCCACACCUGUAAACUAUACCUGUGGAGGUCUCCUGAACUGGCACUAUGGGACCUUUUCCAGUCCAUUCUAUCCUGGGAAUUAUCCCAAUAAUGCUAGAUGUGUGUGGAACAUUUUGGUCCCAACCAACAACCGUGUGACUCUGAACCUCAGAGAUGUGCAGCUUGAAGGGGGCUGCAGCUAUGAUUAUAUCCUGCUUUUUGAUGGUCCUCAAUACAAUUCCUCUCUCAUUGCUCGGGUUUGUGAUGGGGCCAAUGGAUCUUUCACCUCAACACGGAACUACAUGUCUGUAGUCUUCAUCACUGAUGGCAGUGUCACCAGGAGAGGGUUCCAGGCUGACUACAUCGCCACCUUUUCUGUAAACUACACCUGUGGAGGUCUCCUGAACUGGCACUAUGGGACCUUUUCCAGUCCAUUCUACCCUGGGAAUUAUCCCAAUAAUGCUAGAUGUGUGUGGAACAUUUUGGUCCCAACCAACAACCGUGUGACUCUGAACCUCAGAGAUGUGCAGCUUGAAGGGGGCUGCAGCUAUGAUUAUAUCCUGCUUUUUGAUGGUCCUCAAUACAAUUCCUCUCUCAUUGCUCGGGUUUGUGAUGGGGCCAAUGGAUCUUUCACCUCAACACGGAACUACAUGUCUGUAGUCUUCAUCACUGAUGGCAGUGUCACCAGGAGAGGGUUCCAGGCUGACUACAUCGCCACCUUUGUCCCUGCCACCAGCAGCUCUGUGCUGUGUGCUGGGGUUCAUUGUCAUUUCCUCUCUUUCCUUACAGUAAACUACACCUGUGGAGGUCUCCUGAACUGGCACUAUGGGACCUUUUCCAGUCCAUUCUACCCUGGGAAUUAUCCCAAUAAUGCUAGAUGUGUGUGGAACAUUUUGGUCCCAACCAACAACCGUGUGACUCUGAACCUCAGAGAUGUGCAGCUUGAAGGGGGCUGCAGCUAUGAUUAUAUCCUGCUUUUUGAUGGUCCUCAAUACAAUUCCUCUCUCAUUGCUCGGGUUUGUGAUGGGGCCAAUGGAUCUUUCACCUCAACACGGAACUACAUGUCUGUAGUCUUCAUCACUGAUGGCAGUGUCACCAGGAGAGGGUUCCAGGCUGACUACAUCGCCACCUUUGUCCCUGCCACCACCUUUUUUUCCCCCUUAGUAAAUGAGUCUUCAUUGGUGCUGAGGCUGGCCAAUGGAAGAAACCGCUGUCAGGGCCGAGUGGAAAUCCUGUAUGGAAGCUCUUGGGGCACUGUGUGUGAUGACAGCUGGGACAUCAAUGAUGCCAAUGUGGUGUGUAGACAGGUUGGCUGUGGUCCAGCUCUGUCUGCCCUAGGAAAUGCUCCAUUUGGUCAGGGCUCAGGGCUCAUACUCCUAGAUGAUGUGGCCUGCUCAGGGUAUGAGUCUCACCUGUGGUACUGUCGUCACCGUGGCUGGCUUGUCCAUAACUGUGCCCAUUCUGAAGAUGCUGGAGUCAUCUGCUCAUACCCCGAGGAGACAUCUACUCCCAGUCCAGUUUGGUGGACAACAACAACUCCUUCCUAUGUAAACUACACCUGUGGAGGUUUCCUGACCCAACCCUUUGGGAACUUUUCCAGUCCAUUUUACCCCAGGAACUACCCUAACAAUGCCAGAUGUGUGUGGAACAUUGAGGUCCCAAACAACUACCGUGUGACUGUGGUCUUCAGAGAUGUGCAGCUUGAAGGGGGCUGCAGCUACGAUUAUAUUGAGAUUUUUGAUGGUCCUCACCACAGCUCACCUCUCAUUGCUCGGGUUUGUGACAGGGCCAUAGGCUCUUUCACCUCAACAUCCAACUUCAUGUCAGUCCGUUUCAUCACUGAUAACAGUGUUACUCGAAGAGGGUUCCAGGCUCAGUACUACUCGGUCUUUGCCAAUAACAUCACCAGUCUCCUUUGUUUGUCAAAUCACAUGCAAGCCAGUGUGAACAGGGACUACCUUCAGUCCAUGGGCUAUUCAGCCAGGGAUCUUGUCAUUCCUGGUUGGAAUGCAAGUUACCAGUGUCAGCCCCAGAUAACACAGAGGCAGGUCAUAUUCACAAUCCCGUACACAGGCUGUGGCACUACCAAACAGGCUGACAAUGAGACCAUCAACUACUCCAACUUCCUCAAAGCAGCUGUUUCGAAUGGCAUCAUCAAAAGGAAAAAGGACCUCCACAUCCAUGUCAGCUGCAAGAUGCUUCAGAACACCUGGAUCAAUACUGUGUACAUCACCAACAACACUGUUGAGAUCCAAGAAGUCCAGUAUGGCAAUUUUGAUGUGAACAUUUCCUUUUAUACAUCCUCCUCCUUCUUGUAUCCAGUGACCAGCAGCCCAUACUAUGUGGAUCUGGACCAAAACUUGUACCUUCAGGCUGAAAUUCUCCAUUCUGAUGCCUCUUUGGCCUUGUUUGUGGACACCUGUGUGGCUUCACCAUACCCCAAUGACUUCUCAUCUUUGACAUAUGAUCUCAUCCGGAGUGGAUGUGUAAGAGAUGAAACUUAUCGACUCUACUCCUCGCCGUCACCACGCAUUGCCCGCUUCAAAUUCAGUUCCUUCCACUUCCUGAACCACUUCCCCUCAGUGUACCUGCAGUGUAAACUGGUGGUGUGCAGAGCAUACGAUGCCUCUUCCCGGUGCUACCGGGGCUGUGUGGUGAGGUCCAAGAGGGAUACAGGCUCCUAUCAAGAAAAGGUGGACGUUGUCCUGGGACCCAUCCAGUUGCAAUCCCCCAGCAAAGAUAGGAGGAGCCUGGACUUGUCAGUGAAGGAUGUGGAGAAACCGGCUCCAGCUAGCUCCCAGGCGGUCUACCCUACCGCUGCCAUCUUUGGUGGAAUCUUCCUGGCAGUGGUCCUAGCUGUGGCAGCUUUCACACUUGGAAGGAGGACACGCAUUGUCCAUGGCCAACCUCCGACCACUAAGAUGUGA